GACGCUCUUCCUUCAGAUUGGUUUCACAUGAUUAGGAAACAUGUUCAAUUUAGCAGAACCGCGGGUGGAUACAGUUUGUCCAGAGCAGGGUUCAUUACGAGACUACUGAGUGUUUGCUGUGCAGCGCUGCAGGGGAUCACGAUGGAGAAAGUGCUUGUGCUCCCACUGUUUCUCCUCCUUUCAGCAUUAACAGGUGUGUGUGUCCGGAGCCCCAAAGAGAUGUAUGUGGAGGCUGGUGAGAUGGUGGCGCUGAACUGCUCUCUGAAUGGAGAGGAUAAUCACUGUGAUGCUGAGCUGAUCUGGACCAGUCCCCCGAGCCAGGAGAUGGAUCAGACCCCCAACAUGUCGUCAGCUGAGCAGAGGCACAGGGACCUGCUGGUUCAUGGGAGGAGCCUGGUGAUUCUCAACGCCACUGCAAACCAUCAGGGGAAUUACUCCUGCUCUCUGGGCAAUACCAGCAGCCAGCUUUGGUUCAGACUGAGAGUUUGUACAAAACAGUCCAGAGGGUGCGAGCAGAGGAGCCGUUACCCUCACCCAUGUCACUCACAAGAGGCCUGCCAAUUGAAUUGUCCUGAUGUAAACACACCAGCUGUCACCCUCAACAUUACCAGCAAUGGCGUUAUAUCAUGGUACAAGGAAGGCGAGUCAAUGCCAAAAGCCAGUUACUUCUCAAGUGUUGAAGAGAAGGACCAUGGUGUCUACACCUGUACCAGAUCUUACCUGUAUUAUGGUAAAAUAUAUAACAUGACCUUUACAGUGGUGCUUGAUAUCCAACCAAAGGAAAGACUUCGACUUCCUCCAGUGAUCAUAUCACCAAAAAGUGGUGUAAUUCAUGUAAAUUUGGGCUCUCCAAAGGUGAUUGAUUGUAAAGCUCUCAUGGAUUCGGAAUUUGAUGAGGUGUUCUGGUUUAGCACUGAUUCAUUUGUGGAAACAAACAGCAGCUUUCCCGUUUUCUACAAUUACACAAAGGAAAUAAAUGGUGAAGAGAUAAAGAUGACGGCAUCUCUAGUUUUCAAAAAGGUGUCAGAUGAGGAUCUAUUAAAAAAUUACACCUGUAAACUGCAAACUGUUGCUGGACCCUCAACAAGUGUCACCAUCAGCUUGUUCCAAAAACCUCGCCCUUCUUAUGUUCCCCUGGCUCUUGGCAUUGUCAGCAUUGUGUUGGUGACGGUUUUGACAGUAGUUAUCUAUGUGAAGUUCAAAAUCACCAUCACUCUUCUCCUAAGAGACACUCUUGGCUGUCAUGGCAGCACCUCAGAUGAAAAGAGCUAUGAUGCUUUUCUGAUGUGCUACAAGAGUGACACAGACGCAGGACUGAAUGAAGAUGACAGGAUGUGUCUGGAGAGUGUUUUGGAAGAGAGGUUAGGUUACAGUCUCUGCCUUUAUGAUCGUGACGUCUUACCAGGAAAAGCUGUAGCGGAGGCCGUGUUGGACUGUAUAGAGGAGAGUCGCACGGUGCUUUUGGUUCCCUCCUCUCCAGAUACCGGUCCGGGAUCUAGCCUGCUGAGUGCCAUCCAUGCAGCGCUGGUGGAGCGGCACACCCGUUUGGUUUUCAUCAAAACUGAGAAAACAGAAGUGUUGAAAUCUGGCUCCUUCCCAGAGGCCCUACAGAUUUUAAGUGAGGCUGGGGCCUGUGUCACCUGGAAGGGCAUGAGGUCCAUGCCGCCCUCCUCCCCCUUCUGGAAGCAGCUACGUUAUCACCUACCUGCCCCGCAGCAUGCAUCUAAAACAAGGCUUUUACCUCAGACAAGUCAAGAUGUUCCGUCAAAUGUUUAGGCAAAUCAGAAUAAUAUCUUUUAUCAUAUACAUUUUGAGUAUAUGACUUGAAGAUGAAAACAGUAUGCUACAAAUACAGUAUACAAACACGUUUUAGGCAAGCUGAAGAUCCUUAAAAUACAUAUUUGACAUGUACCUUUUUCUUAUAUUUCCUUGUAAAAUCUUGUAUUGUUGACUUUUUCCCAAAGACAUUUAAUAUCCUUAUAUAAGUAUUGUAGGCUGGCUUCUUGUUACCAGUCUAUAGACUUCUGGUUCUUUAACCUAUGUAUUUUUGUUACCGCUGAUGUUUUGCUUUCAAAGUGUUAAAUAAAAUCACUGUUUUAUUUUUCAAA